UGCGUUAUGUUCGUUUUGAAAUCGGAAUUUUGUGACUAACAUCGUAUUUUACGUGUCGUAAUUAGUCAAAGUUUGUCAAGGAAGCUGCGAGUCAGAAAUGCCGACAAUGAUGUUGCCUCUCGCAUGAUGCUAGAAAAUCUAAAAUGGCAUGUUUUUUAGGCUCUAAGGUGUAAUGAAAGCUUCAGAACUUUCUGACAGGCAGCUAGAAAUGUCCAGUGUGAGAUUUGAGAUUUUAUACUCGGAAGAAUUUACUGAGUUAACGUUGUCCAGCGCAGAAGUACUCAGGGGUGUACAGCCAGUCACCAUGUUAGCAUUAGCCUCUUACUCUGAUCGCAAGCUGAGGAAGGAAACGGCCACAACACUGAUUUCACUAAUCUAUCGCAGUCGUCAGUCGUUUGAGCAGGGUUUGUCGAGAGCUGCAUGGAACCGACUGGCCAAAGACAAUGAGGAUCAGGAGGACCACGACACCACUGCAGAUAGUGCAGAGGACUCUAACCAUGAUCCCCACUUUGAGCCCAUCGUGUCCCUUCCUGAGCAAGAUGUGAAAACAUUAGAAGAAGAUGAGGAGGAACUCUUCAAAAUGCGGGCUAAACUAUAUCGUUUUGCCUCUGAGAACGACCCCCCUGAGUGGAAGGAGAGAGGAACUGGUGACGUCAAGCUGCUGAAACACAAAGAGAAGGGCACAAUCCGCCUCCUGAUGAGGAGAGACCGGACCUUGAAGAUUUGUGCCAAUCAUCACAUUAUACCUAUGAUGGAGCUGAAGCCCAACGCUGGCAGUGACAGGGCAUGGGUGUGGAACACACUAGCAGAUUACGCUGAUGAAUGCCCCAAACCUGAACUCCUGGCAAUACGCUUUUUAAAUGCAGAAAAUGCUCAGAAGUUCAAGGUGAAGUUCGAUGAGUGCAAGGAGGAGGUCAGAAAAAAUCUAGAGGGAACAGGCAACACUGACAGUGACAAGGUGGCAGAGAAGCUGGAGGAGCUCUCUGUAAAAGACAAGGCAUCAGAAGAAAAAAAGGAAGAGGACAAAAAGGAGACUGAGAAGAAAGAAGAUGAGAAAAAGGAGGUGAAGGCUGAGGAGAAGAAUUGAGAACCAAGAACUUGCUUUGCUGAUCUUCAAUUUAUCAGUUUUUCCUCUUUUUCUACAAUAGACUCUAAAUGAACUGAAUUUGGACACUUGCAUAUUAUUAGGUUUUUUUUUUUAUUCUGUUUUGCCUCAAGAUCACAAGUCCUUGAUGCCACUUGGGAGAAAAAAAAAUACAACAUAGAGAAUUAAUGAAAAAAGAAGCCCUUUCCCUCCCAUCCCUUUCCCUCUUUGCUCCGUGGAAUGCCACAAUUUCCAUCCUUGUCAUCUACAGUUCAAUGUUACAUUUGACAAACUGUGAAAAGAGGCUUGUGAUAGUGAUAAUUCCCACAUUGGGGUAUUUUUUGUUUUGUUAUUCUGAAGCAGAGUUUGUUUGUAGGAGGAGAGGAUAUGUAGCCUGCUUGUCGGCAGCACAGGGUCAGGGACCAGGCAUUAUGGAGGUGCAUUAUAAAUAUAAAAUCCCAUGAUUCAUCUCAGUGGCCCUCUUACCCUGUCCACUGUCCAUGCUUCCACUGUUUAGAAACAGCAAGUAAGGCGAAGACUUCUCAGUGGAUGCCUUGUAGAAAUAGUUCUCUCUGGGUUCCUUCUUUCAUCAGUUCUGUCGGGAACUGACUAGAAGCGGAAUCACCUCCAGACAGUUGAGGGGCAUCAGACGCGCGCUGUAGAUCGCAGUGUCCACUGAUAGCUGACUGAUAGAUCAGAUGCACUUAGCUAAGCAUUUCAUUUUUUUUUUCCUUUUUGUUUUAAAUAUCUGAAAACCAUUGAGUCCAAAGUGAACGGUUCAUCAGAGUUUGCUGCAGCUACACUCUGACUUAAGUUCCUCACCAGGAGAUUGAGUUUGUAUUCUUUAGAUCAUAACAUUCCCAAACUUUAAAGCAUGUAGAGUAUAUGUAACAGAGUGUGCCCUAUCAGAUCUGUGUGCUCACCACCCUCUCCUUUUCUUUACACUAAUUAAGUUCUUAACCUUGCCUCUAAAGUGCAUCUAAGUGCCAGUGCAUCUGUAAAUACAUGUAUAUGGAUGAAAUGUUGCUUUUCAUUUGCACUCAAAUGAUUUGAAAUGUUUCCUCCACCUUCGAAUAAAAACUGUCAAAGACCACA